CUCAUUCUUCACUCUCUGAUUUCUUCUGCAGUCAAAGCUCUCCAAAACUCUCAAAUCUAAACGCAAAAUCACUCCACAAAUCACCCCAAAAUGAGAGAGUGUAUCUCGAUCCACAUCGGCCAAGCCGGUAUUCAAGUCGGUAACGCCUGCUGGGAGCUUUACUGCCUUGAACAUGGCAUUCAGCCUGAUGGGCAAAUGCCGAGUGACAAGACUGUUGGCGGUGGAGACGACGCUUUCAACACUUUUUUCAGCGAAACCGGAGCCGGAAAACAUGUGCCACGUGCCGUGUUUCUGGAUCUGGAACCGACUGUGAUUGAUGAAGUGAGAACGGGGACUUACCGCCAAUUGUUUCACCCGGAACAGCUGAUUAGUGGCAAAGAAGAUGCUGCUAAUAACUUUGCUAGAGGACACUACACCAUUGGGAAGGAGAUUGUGGAUUUAUGUCUUGAUAGGAUUAGGAAAUUAGCUGAUAACUGUACUGGGCUUCAAGGGUUUCUUGUAUUUCAUGCUGUUGGUGGUGGAACUGGAUCCGGGCUCGGAUCUUUGCUUCUUGAGAGGCUCUCUGUUGAUUAUGGCAAAAAGUCAAAACUUGGCUUCACUGUAUACCCUUCACCUCAGGUUUCAACCUCAGUUGUUGAGCCUUACAACAGUGUGCUAUCAACACACUCUCUGCUGGAACACACUGAUGUAUCUGUGUUGCUUGACAAUGAAGCCAUUUAUGACAUUUGUCGCCGCUCUCUUGACAUCGAGAGACCCACUUACACUAAUCUCAACAGGCUUGUUUCUCAGGUGAUUUCUUCUCUAACAGCCUCUCUUCGUUUUGAUGGAGCCUUGAAUGUGGAUGUGACUGAGUUUCAAACGAAUUUAGUCCCAUAUCCCAGGAUUCACUUCAUGCUUUCAUCAUAUGCGCCUGUGAUUUCGGCAGAAAAGGCCUACCACGAGCAGCUCUCAGUGGCGGAAAUCACAAACAGCGCCUUUGAGCCUUCAUCCAUGAUGGCUAAAUGCGACCCCCGCCAUGGGAAAUACAUGGCAUGCUGUUUGAUGUACAGAGGAGAUGUAGUCCCCAAAGAUGUCAAUGCAGCUGUGGCCACGAUCAAGACCAAGAGGACUAUUCAGUUUGUCGAUUGGUGCCCAACUGGGUUCAAGUGUGGAAUCAACUACCAGCCUCCAACGGUGGUUCCUGGAGGGGACUUGGCCAAGGUUCAGAGGGCUGUGUGUAUGAUUUCAAACUCAACAAGCGUGGCUGAAGUAUUCUCAAGAAUUGAUCACAAGUUUGAUCUGAUGUAUGCGAAGAGGGCGUUUGUGCAUUGGUAUGUUGGAGAGGGAAUGGAAGAGGGAGAAUUCUCAGAGGCAAGAGAGGAUUUAGCUGCACUUGAAAAGGAUUAUGAGGAAGUUGGAGCUGAGUCUGCUGAGGGAGAAGAUGAUGAAGGAGAUGAGUACUAAGCAGUCUGUGAAUGUUGUAGUCGGAAUGGUUGUUUCUUCUGCCAAUGGACUCAUUGGUCUUCAAUCAAACCAGCUGUUAAAAUGUUUUGGCUUCCUAUUUGUUCAAUGAAAUUUCCAUAUUUUCUGAAA